AUGGCCAUCGGUGAUAAGCUCGCUCAGGCCGAGGCAAACGAGAUCUCUCUCAUCUUUCGGCUGCCCGAUCUCAGCCAGCUGACGCGCGCUCGUGCAUCUGCGAGCCCUGGGCUCCAAGAUGCAGCCGUCAUAGCUGGCAAGCAGCAUGCCCUGGACGGCAAAAGCCAGGUCCUCGAGCAUUUCGUGCUAGAGGACGAGGGCGCUCCUGCUGGGCCAGACGAGGAGACGGCGGCGCGCGAUGGUCCCAACUUCGGGAGCGGUCGAAUCAUUCGCUAUGCACCCAACGGCGAUCGCCUCUGGGUCUGCGAAAACAAGGAAUGCAGCAAAGUUUUUGCCCGUCUCUACAAUCUGCGCUCCCACGAAAGGUCACAUCAGGACGAGAAGCCAUACCAAUGCCCUGUCUGCCCCGUCGCAUUCGCCCGCAACCAUGAUCUCAAGCGGCAUGUGAAAAUACACGUCUCUUCAAAGUCGUAUCUUUGCAGAGGCUGCGAUAAGAACUUCUCGCGCAUGGAUGCCCUCAAGCGCCACAAG